CCAUAGCACUGUCAGCCCCUGAUCUCGCACUUCUAUUGGAUGCUAUCUGCCGUGACGUCACGAUCAUGAUUAGAAUUGAUGAUCGGACGCGCUGAUUUCAUUGUCUGGUCCGGACCCGAGCGGCCUCGCCAUCCUUGGCCUUGGGGAGGAUUGAUGUCGUUCUCUCUUUGACCACUGUUGAAAUUCUACCAUGGAAGGAACUGUUGCCCCAAAUGUUGGGGAGGUGACAUCCACUGGAUCUCAGGGAUAUCAACAGGAGAUGAACCUUCGUUCUGUUUUUACUGUAGAGCAGCAGAGGAUAUUGCAGCGUUAUUAUGACAAUGGCAUGACAAAUCAGAGUAAAAGCUGCUUCCAACUCAUUUUGCAGUGUGCACAAGAAACGAAGCUGGACUUCAGUGUAGUCAGAACUUGGGUUGGCAACAAAAGGAGAAAGAUGAGCAGUAAAAGUUACACUGAUUCUGGGUCAUCUUUACAAGGAGCUGUGACAAAUUCCCCUUCAGUACCUCCAGAAGUAGCAGUUAGAAAUGUGCCAAAUAUAAACAGAGCUCAACCCCCUCGUAUUUCCUCAAGUGGUGAUCUGAUGAUGACUUGUGUCUACAGUCCAAAUAAUUCUGUGAGACAGGGGUCCACACCACAGACACAAACCACUACUGCUAAAGUGGAAAUGCUAAAGCCCUCUUUGCAAAGGUCAGCUGGCAGAAAUGAACAAGAGUACCUCAAGCAACAUGCCCCAAUGCACCAUCAAGCGCCUCUUUCAAAGAAUACCUUGCAGCAACUUGAUGACAAGACUACUGCCUUAGCUCGACAUCCAAAUGUAGCAAAUCCUCAAAACUCUGUCUACCCGAAAAAAGGUUUUGGUGGUUCAUCUAAUCCAAUGGUGGAAAGGAUUAACCCUCAGAAAACAAUGAGCUGGUCAGUAAAAACCUUAGCAGAGCCUACAAAUAAUCAACGUUUGCUUAAGGCAGAACAUUCAAGCCCUGUUUCUCAUGUUCCUGUGGGACAUAGGACUAGAGACUCUAUGUGUGCUGUAAAGAAUCUUGAAAUUAGGGAAGUAUUUUCAUUGGCUGCUACUGAGAAUUCCUCAAGAUUGCUUGGAAGUGGUAUGGAAGAGAAACGUCGUUUAGUUGAAAGUAACUGCUUUUCCAUUGCCAUGGAAACAGGAGAUGUUGAUGAUGAGUAUGCUCGAGAGGAAGAACUUGCAUCAAUGGGAGCACAAAACCAGGCUUGUUCAAGGUUUCGGGAAAGCAAUAGUUCACCUCGUGUGGAGAACAGGUGCACAUUAUCUCCUUUGUCAGUUAGGACAGGAACAUGUAAGACUUUGCCAACAAAUACAAGAGACUUCUCAGAAAACAGAAUGUAUCACAACAGAGACUACUAUUUAUCACCUAAUACCUCAGUACACAAUACACCCAGCACACAAUAUAGCAGUGGUAACUCAUCGAGAAACAGUUUGCAUCCUCAUUACACAACAUCCCCUCAAAUAAGACUGUCACAGAACCAAAACAACUACCAGAUUUCAGGAAACCUCACAGUGCCUUGGAUUACUGAGUGCUCCAGAAAAAGAACACUCCAGGACCGCACUCAGUUCAGUGACCGUGAUUUAGCCAUGUUAAAAAAGUAUUGGGACAAUGGAAUGACCAGUCUGGGCUCUGUCUGCCGAGAGAAAAUUGAAGCAGUGGCUUCAGAAUUAAAUGUUGACUGUGAAAUCGUGCGGACGUGGAUAGGGAAUCGAAGAAGGAAAUACCGUUUAAUGGGGAUUGAAGUCCCACCUCCUAGAGGAGGUCCAGCAAACUUCUCUGAGCUUGAAUCAGGAUCAUCUAUGCUAUCGUCAGGAGACGAUCCUGCAGCAGAAGUGUCGGAAGAUAAUGACCGGAAUGAUGCUAUAUCUAUCUGCCUCUCAGAAGAAAGUUUACAAGCUGAGGAAAUGGCAGAAAUUGGAAGAAAUGAAGAUAUUUCUAUCAAGGAAGACAGUCAAGAUGCUGUCCCUGUGCACAAAGUGAAGGUGGAGGUCACUGAGGAAGAAGUAAAUGAUUCAAUGAGUACGUUGGACAUGGAGCAGAUGCACAGUCUCCUGGACUAUAAGAAUGAAGAAAUGAGAUUUAUUGAAAGUGAACUGGAACGUUACAAGCUCAAGUAUGCAGAACUUCAAGCUUUUACAAGGAACCUAAUACUUGCAGUGAAAUCAAAUGAUAAAGACCAGCAGCUGGCUCUUCUUGCUGAGCAACCUCCCGAAUUAGAAGAUAUGGAUUAUAACCACACAUCUUCUGAACCCGAUGAUACCUCAUACAGCAUGUCCUCUGUUUCUGACAAACACACCCUGGACAGUGUAUAACCUCAUCACAUCACAAAUAACAUGUACUGUGCCAAUGUGACACACAAACAUUUGAACUGACAUCAAUAUAUCCCUGUGUCAGAAAUGCAACUUAUUUUCAUCAAUUGGAAAAACAUAUAUUUUGCAUCUUGGAAAUACUUCUUGACAGCAUAAAUAAAACAUAUUAGAGUGAAAAAAUAUUAUUUAUAUUCCA